GCAUACCUUACUGAUGUUAGUUACAAUCUAACACUGGCUGUUAAAUAUUGUAUACGUUGUUAGUAGAUUUCUUUCGUGAACCAUAUUUUUUUAUUAUUCUUCUUGGAAUUUUCGUGUUUUAUAAUUCAGAACAAGUGCCCGUAACAUACAUUAAAACGCCGCACACCUAUUAGAUACGUUUUCCUCAACAGCAAGAACAAAGAGAAUUUAUUUGUAAGAACGUUAACACUUUCUGACGCACCAGCCUGUUGAUCUAAACACGUGUUAUCCAGAACAGUGCAUACGUGCAAAGGAGACGAUGCGAGCCAUAUACACGAACGUAUAAUAAAAAUUUAAUGCAAAAAUGAUUAAAAGGAACAGUGAUAAUGUAUUUGCGAUCGCGUCGAACAACAAUCAGUGUCAAGGCGUACGGAGCGCUGUCUCGCUCUGUCCUAGCAACGGCGCGGCCACGAGGAUUCCGCGAGCCACUACCGUCAGGAUGACGCCGCCUGACGCGCACCAAAACACCAAAGAAGCGAACAUUGCGCUGUCAACUUAUGUCGAAAAAUGGAAAAAUAAAUAUGAAGAAGCUGAAAGGAAACACAAAACAAAUCUUCUCAAGUCAGAAAAAGCGAAACGUGACCACGAUGACUUACAGCGACGGUACAAUAUCGUCACAGAGGAGAGGAACCACCUGGAGGGGGAGCUUAGGGAGAGAGAGCGGGAGUUGAACAAAUUGAAAACACUCUCUGAAAAGGUAUAUCACGAAUAUCAACAGUUGAAGAAUCAGCUGGAAGUUGAGGCUGAUGUUAGGCACAAGGUUAUGCAACAGGCUGGUGAAUGGUACAAACAAAAUAAACAACUAAAACGGCGAAGUACAGCGAUCCUACAAGCAUUGCCUGCCAAAGCUAUUGAGAUAGACUUAACGGACUCUACAGACACAGCAUCAGAUACAAGCAGCAAUGAAGAGGUAGAAUUUCUAAAGCAAACCGUAACUGAAUUGAGUCGUCAGAUAGCUGAGCUGCAGACCGAACUCAGCGCUGUCAAGUUACAGGAAUUCGAGGCUCAAGAACUGAAUGUAACACUGGCACAGGAAUUAGAGGCAGAGCGAGAGAAAUGUGCAACCCAAGAGAAAGAGUUGCAGGACAUGCGCAGCCAGCUGGAAAGUCACAACCGGAUCUCGAAGCUACUUAUGGAAGAGGUCACUGCCCUCAAAGAAAAUGCCGACAAGGACAGGGAGAUGGCUGAAACGUACAAGUCAGAGGCACGGGACGCAAAGAAGCGGGUCCGCGUGUUGACACACCAGAGCGCACUAUUAGUGGGCGAGCUCACUUUAGACGAGCGAUUCACUUUACUGCUUGGAGAAGUCGACUGUCUCAAGGAUGCGCUCGAGAAUCAGGCCGCACGUCACCGGGAGCAGCUGGAGGAACUACAGCUCAAAGUAGCUGAAAAACAUGAAGAUACUGACAUAUUAUUGUGGGAAGAGAAAAUUAGACUGGCAGAAGCGGAUGCUCAGAAAGCCAUCGAGCGAGCCGAGCGAGCGGAGAAGAAGUUAGCUGAAGUAGAGAAAAGGUUGCCCGACCGUCCAAGGAGGGGGAAUCUCAUGUCCAGAAUUAGUUAUUUCGAAAAUGGGGCGUCCGAAGCACAGGAGGGCAAAACAAAGGAGGUGAUCAAAGAGGAAGUCGAAGAACCUGUAGCUCCACCUGUAAGCAAGCCAGAAACCUAUUUGUCUCCACCCCGACCACCUUCGCCGCCCCCCCUGCUGUCUCCUGACUCCUCAGAGCAGCCGCCGGCGAGGAGCCCGUCCCCCGCCACAGCGGAGCCCCCCGCGGCCCCGCAGCUCCCUCCCCCUCCGCCCCCGACCCCACCCCCGCCAGCAUGUCCACCGCCCCCUCCCCCGCCACCACCACCGCCGCCUCCAUCCGUAUUCGUGACAUCUGGUGUGGAGGACAUGGCGAAGUUGCUCGCCGGGAAGCAAGGCACGUUGAAAAAAUGCAAACAAAAUGGAGGCGGUGCAAUUGAUGCAAUAGUAGACCAAAUAAAAGGAGGCAAGUUCCAUCUGAAAUCUACCGAACAAAACUUCAUGGAACGCAAGCCAAGGGAAGACCAGCCUGAAGCAGUGAAGGAGAUGCUACAGAUCCUCGGCACGUUGCGCAAACGCAGGAGCUUCGUCAGAGAACCAAAGACGUGACCGAUAUGAUUAAAUGAACGAAGAUGACGAAAGGUAAUAUGUAAAACCUGGUAUUGCUUCACAAGAAUACAGUUAAUUAGGUACAUUGGCCUGCAUUAUACUGCGGAUUAUAGUGCCAUAAAGUAUGGAUAUUAUCAUAUCAUAUCAUGAAAAUAUUGGCAAGUAUCGAUAUUUCAUAAAAUGAGAGAGAGUAAUUACGUCGCAGAAACAUAUAAUUUCAUAUUUAUAAUAUAACAAAUAUUGUUAUUUACCUACAAAUUUCUAAAGAAUCGUAUUACCUAUUAAGUAUAAAUAGCAUUAGACCAUGAUUUUUGACUAGUAUAUUUCGUACUGAAGAUGUUAAUUUUGAUAUAAAAAAUAUUAUUGAUCCCUAUAUUUUGACUUUAAACCAUGAAGCUAUUUUGACCGUUCUUGCUUUAAGCAACUAUUUACAUUAGUGAAUAUGAAGUCAAACUAUAAAUAUAAACUGGCUAUAGUAUCACGAGACAACCUAGAGUUUAUAUUUAUAUAUAUUGUUACACAUAUAAUAGUUUUAUAUCAAUUUUCAAAUCCGUUAAAAGAAUUUUGCGAACUCCGGUUCUUGAGGAAAAUUACUCUACUUUGUAUGUUAUUGUUGUUAUACUUAAUAUAAAUCUUAAUAGUAUAUAUAUGUGUAAUUAUACCAAUACAAGUCUGAUAUACAUACCUACAAGAAAUGGUAAGAAAGUAGGUAUAGGCCAAAUAAAAUAUAUUUAUUCGUAGCCCUUAAUAAAAUGAUGA